GCCAAAUCCCACAAACUCGCAUGUUUUUAUUCCGCUUCCCCUUUCCAGUCACAAGACUUUUUUUAUUUUUUUUUAUUGUUGUUUUCCUUUCCCACAAUUUGCCGUGUCAAAGCUCUUAAUUUGGUCAAUUCCAGGCAGACAUGAGUGGCCUCCAUCCCAUCCUGCUGCUGUUCUUCAGCAUCCUGGGUCACCUUCUGGGUGUCACCAUGUCACUCUCAUCCUUCUCCCAGUUGCCCUUUGCGAGCGUGUGGAAUGCUCCCUCUUCAGCCUGCCUCUUGAAGUAUGGUGUGGAUCUGGACUUGGGCACGUUCAGCAUCGCCCAGAACCAAAACCAGACCUUCAUGGGCGACGACAUAACUGUCUUCUACACGGACAAGUUGGGAGCAUACCCAUAUUACAGCCAAGGGAAAGCGGUCAACGGCGGCGUACCUCAAAACACUAGCCUCGACGAGCACCUUAACAUGUCUAGAGAUGAUAUCUGCCAUUACAUACCUGACAGGGACUUUCAAGGAUUGGCUGUGAUAGACUGGGAGAGCUGGAGGCCCUUGUGGGAGAGGAACUGGGACACCAAGCAGGUGUACCAGGAAGGAUCACGGGCGCUGGUCCGAUCCAAGCAUACUGACUUAAAACCCGCGCAGGUGGACGCGUUGGCACAUGAUGAGUUUGAAGCAGCUGCCAGGAAGUUCAUGGCGGAGACACUGAAAUUAGGCCAGAAGGAGAGACCUGGUGGAUUGUGGGGGUUCUAUGGGUUCCCCAACUGCUACAACUACUAUAAAAGUGGCAACUAUUCGGGCCAGUGUCCUGCCGCUGAGUCAGAGAAGAACAACAAGCUGGCAUGGCUGUGGAACGUGUCAUCUGCACUCUACCCUGACAUCUACCUCAGCCAGGAGCUGAGAGGACUCAGUGAAGAGGUUUCGCUUUACGCUCGCCACCGCAUUUUGGAGGCCCUCAGGGUGGUGUUGCCAGCUCGGCUCGUCAUACCCUACGCCACCAUUGUCUACACUUACUCGUUCCAGUUUCUCUCACAGGAGCAUCUUGUGUACACCGUGGGGGAGAGCGCCGCCUUGGGUUCAGCAGGAGUUGUGCUCUGGGGAGACAACAAUUUCUCCAAAUCCAAGGCUUCUUGCAAUGCUGUCAAGUGGUAUAUCGACAAGACCCUCGGUCCUUAUUUGGUCAACGUGACGUCGGCGGCCGUCCUCUGCAGCCGGGCCAUGUGCUCGGCCAAAGGCAGGUGCGCCAGGCGAGACCCCCAGUCACGAGCCUAUCUCCACCUUCCUGCCACCCACUGGAAAGUGGUGGCAGAGGAGAGGCCGCAAGGCGGGCGCCGCUACACUGUACUGGGACAACUCAAAGAGGAGGAGGUGACGUUUAUGAGGUCCAAGUUUGAGUGCAAGUGUUACUCGGGGUGGGUGGGCGACAGUUGUUCCACGCCCCGGCGUGAGUGAAUGCCUAUCCAGUAAGCAACGACGCACGUGUGCGCGCGCGCGCGUGUGUGUGUGUGUGUGUCUGUGGAUGAUCAAUUUUCAGUGCCACUUAUGGCGGUAGAUGUCUAUAGACGUCAAUGGCAGACAAUGUUUUAAAUACUUUAUAGGGCAGCAAUUAAUCAAGUAUGUACUUUUUUGUCCCCCUGCUCAAGACCUUUGUGUAGAAUUGUCCUUGACCAGCAGGUGGUAAUGUAGUACAAUUUUAGGGAAUUGAGUAGAGUCGGAGACUAUUUUCAAUUUAAGACGUGCAAAAAUGGGACACUAGCAAUUUUUUUUUUUCACCUUUAUGGAACAUGAGUAUCUGUUGCAGCUGAUUUUACUGAGCUAAAGUAACAUAUUAUUCAAGAAGAUGAGUGAAAAUGAAGUUAGAUUCCCUAGUUUAAUCAAGUUGUUUAUACUCUCGCUCACACAAACACAUGUACUUAGUGUUCCCGCAGGUCCUUAAAAUGUCUUAACUUCAAAAUCUGGAUAAUCGAGGUCUUAAAUUGUCUGAAUUUUAAUGUAAUUGCAGUAGGUACUAAAUUUCCAGAUGAUGCGUUUAAUGCCAGGAAAAUCCUGUAGUCUGCCGUAAAACUUCUAAUGGUGUGUAUUUGUUUUGUUAAUGGCCAUGUACUAAAUAUGAGAGUUUGGGAUUAAUAUACGUUAUACAGCACGUUGCCAGCAACCUCAGUGUACGUCAGCGACUUGAUUUGUCGCUAUCACGCCAUUUCCUGGUUAUUAGCAGUUGUAGAGGUGAGCAGGAAUAUGCAGAGAUUGGGAAGUGAAUUUAAUCAAACAUGGAUAGGAGAUGGUUUAUUUUAGAGGUAGUUGUGUUAAGGCAGGAUAGGCAAAGCCAGUGCGGACCAAAAUGCGACCCUGACGCAGACGAAGUGUGAAGUGAUAUUUAUUUAGCACAGGCAAGGUGUUGUGUGGCUGGCAGGGGAAGUGAGUUUGUGAAUGGCUGUGGCAGGUGGCUUCAUUCACACAGGAGGCCUGGCUGGGUGGGUGCGUGUCCUGAAGGCGAAGAAUGCAAUAGUCAAUUGUUCAACAACGAGAGUCAAAACUACAGGCUUAUUUGACCGAUGUACCAAUGUUGCUUGAUGCCCAGGCCGCUCCUUAAAAGCAGUGGUGAUUGCGGACGAGCUGACAGUACACCACACCCAGCCAGCCAAGCUCUAAUCAUUGCCACAGGUCAAAACAGAAAGUCUUACAAUAAUAAAAGCCAAAGUAGAGGGGAGUGGGGGCAAGGACCACCACAGGUUGGCCCUUGGUGUCAAUAACAACAGUGCCCGAGGGCAGUCGGGAUAUAACAAUAUAUCGAAAAGGUGAUCUAUCGCAGUACUUUUUAGCUAGUUGUCAAUAUUUUCCCACCAUUAAUCAAUAUCUCGUUUUAAAAAGGUAGUAUCGUUUAAAAAUGAAUAAAUACACAAACAAACUAACCAAUGUUUUUUUUACCAAAAUCUGCCAUUAGAAUAGUGUUAGCUCACUAGCUCACAUCCAAUUCAUUUUGACUGAGACUUUUGUGGGAAGUUACUGGUCGUGUUCUGUUCAUUUUAGGGAAUUUACAGGUUGCUUCCUGUUGAUUUUGUCUCUUCCUAUUCAUUUGGUUACACUCUUGACUCUUGAGUCACUUCCUUUUCAGUACUCAAAAUAAAGAGGAAGUGAUCUGUAAAGGCCCCAAAAGGAAAAGGAAGUGACCAAAAAUCAACAGGAAAUGACGUGAAAUGCCCCAAAAUUAACUCGUUGCCUGGCAUUGGCUACCACUGACGGCCAUAGACGUCCAAUCCGUUUGAAGUGGGAGGGAUGCCAGAUAAUGUUCAUUCGCCGGACCAAUGGAUUACUCCGGCCAACGCCUGGAUUGACAGUCACCAGUCCGAACAAUACUGGAUGUCUACUUGUGAAAAACUCAUUCCAAUUCACAGCAGAAGAAUGAAAAUAGUUUUUCUGUUUAUUAGUUGUUUUGUUGCAUAUCCUAGAAUGAUUUCCUGACAAUGUAUUGAUAAUUGUUGUAACGCCAUAUCGUGAGAUCGUUAUCGUGAGCAAAUUGUAUCUUAUCAUGAGGAACCCAGAGGUUCCGACCCCUUGCAAAAAGACUUUUUCGUUCGGAACAAUGGGGGUCUAAGCCGUCGAGUCGCACAUGAGAGGUGCAAUGAAAGCAGUUUUUUUCAUCAGCAGAAAUUUAUGCGACAUGUUUCAGUAAAAGGCUUAAAAAGCAUUAAAUUUGACUUUUAGAAAUGGUGCAAGAACCCUGGUACUGGAUUGUACUACAAUAGUAAAACCCACUAAAGUGUUAAAAGCCUAUGGUUAAAGUAUGGAGUUUCCCACUACUUAAAAGUGUUUUUUUUAGCAAUUUUAAAUUGUUGCAUUCUUUUUUUUAUGACUGGAAAAUGUAUACAGCAUUUUGCACAAUAUGUUAUUAAGUCAAAUUGGCAUUUAUGCAACUAAUGUUAGUACAAAGCGCUGACAAAAUGGACUUAUUCGGUCAAUGUCAAUAUUUUGAUAUGUAUGAUACUUUAUUAAAUAUUAAAUAUAAUAUUGAAUAGGUGUCCUUGUGAAAGCACCUUCCACAAUUUUCAAAUGUCUGUAAGCCAAUUAGAUAGAUAUUUUUCAAGUGCACAGCUAAAACGAUCGGUAUCAUUGUUGGUAUCAAGCUGCUUAGUUGGUUGCUUGCUCACGCCUCGCCGGAACAUCACACUGGGCGUGCGUCAAAGUAUGACGCUUGUGUUUGCAGGUACUGCUACACAUGAAUCUUACCAAUUAUCCCAUCCUUUUUCUCCCGCUGUCAUGAGUCAGUUAAAUUUAUUUAUUAUUUGUGUGCCUGCACCGUUGCAAUUGUGUAAAUAAAAUAAUGAAGCAAAAUCUGAUCAUCUUAAAUUGGCUGUUAUUAACAACAAGCACAAUUCCAGAAUUUAAUGUUCUAUUUCAUCAAUCAAUCUGACAAGCAAAGUGUUUGGGAAAGGCAAGGAAAUGCAUUUUGUAUUAUAAAAUCAUUAAAUCAAUCCUUAAAUUAGUAUUUGAAAUACCAAUUACUCAUUUGCUGCCAUUGACGGCGAUGGACAUCAAAUCCCAGCCCACACAGUUAUAAUAGAUUUGACGUUAUCUGCCAUCAGUGGCUUCAAAUUAGUUAAAAAGUCACUGAAAUCUAUAGAAUGUUGUUUGAAUAAUUGUAAAUUAAUCAACCAAUAUACUAAUGAAAAAAAAAAUCCAUUAAAAAUGAAAAAUUAAAUCACAUCAGUACUAUAACAUCAACGAAAAUGUCAUCAAGUAAGUAGCGGUUUAAUAGUUAAUUAAGACUUUCAUAAAUAAUUGUUUAAAUAUGUGUCUUAGUAGUAUUUUUUUCUAGUUAGUGGGUAAAAAAAUAUAUAAAUAAACAAAAAAUUUUAAAUGAAUAAAAAUAACACAAAACAAAAAAGUAAUUUAUAUUAGAUAGUGGGAAUUUGAAAGUGCAAAAAUAAGUCCAGUCAAACUAAAAAACAUACAAAAUAUAAUGUAAAAAUAAUCAUUAUAAUAAAAAUAAUAAUAAUGAUAAGAACAAAUGAAUGUGCUUCAUAUUUUAAGCAAAAAACGAUCCUAAAAAAAUAUAAAUCAAUGUGCUUAUUAUUACUUAAAAUUAUAAACUCACAUUCAUUAUUGAUAUUUAUUAAAUGGUAGCGCCCCAAGCCUCUAUGCCAAAUGUAUGAUUGAUGUAUGAUGAUGAAUGAUUUCAAAAAUUAAUAUAUUAAUAAUAGCCCGCAAAAACUCUUUGUCCAAUAUAACAAUAAUGAGCCACGUUAUCCAGUUUGCACAUUUUUCUGCCAUUUCUAUUCAACCUGGACAGCAACUACGCGGUCAUUUGUUACGAUUUAGUAGGAAUUUAAUAUCUACACCGAGGUACAGUCAAGCUCCUAUCUUACCUGCACUUAUCUUUUAUGAUUUGGUCCUGUGAGUCAGCAUUGAUGUUAUUAUGAGGAUUUAUGUAUUAGCAUCAAGAAGAUUUCUUUGCGUUUGCAGUAAAAUGAAUACAAAUGAAUCUCACAUCUUUAAUAUCGUAUCAGGGGAAAUUAGAAUGCCAUUUCACGCAAAGGUUUAUGAUCUUUAUUGAAAAUCAUAAAUUGGUGAAGGUAAGCUGUUAAGACUUCGACAGUGUGUAUAUGCUUUUGUGUGUGUUUAUGUUAAGCCGAUUGUCACCCAUUAAACCUGUUGACGUCAAGCAUGUGCCCUGUGGGAAUUAAUUACUGCGUACACAAUAAACACAAUAAUUCCAACAA